AUGAUUUCUCUGAUGAUAUUCGUCUUGCUCAUGUCAAAACAGUUCGGAACAGUUCAAGCAGAUUGUUCAUCAAACGAAAAAAUGUUCAGUUUAUGGUUAUUUUUGGACUGUUCACAGCCGUUCGAGAUUGGUUCAGUCAAUAUCAUCGAAAAAGACUUUUGGUUUUACGACCGUGUGUUGUAUACGCAUUGGCCCAAACCCUUAAAUGUGCUUUCUGGAUAUUCGGUACAAAGAAUUACCUUAACCAUGGCUGGGGACGAAAUCAUUUCAAGAAACUUUGAAUUCGAGAUUAGGAUAAAUUCAACAUGCAAUCAUUUCCGAACUUUCGACGAUGGUUUCGUCUCUUUUCAAGCAGCCCCAUGUAAUAUGAUUGCAUUAGGGCCCCACGUACUCCUUCACUAUCAAAGUUUGGAUAAGUCUUCUUCUGGGUUUGCCACGGAAGAAGCAUAUUGA